CUGUCAGAGAGAAGCUGUCAAGCUCUGUCCUCAGUCCUCAGCUCCCAGUCCUCCAGUCUGAGAGAGCUGGACCUGAGUAACAACCACCUGCAGGAUUCAGGAGUAGAGCUGCUGUCUGCUGGACUGAAGAGUCCACAUUGUAAACUGGAAACUCUCAGGCUGUCAGGAUGUCUGAUCACAGAGGAAGGCUGUGCUUCUCUGGCCUCAGCUCUGACCUCCAACUCCUCCCACCUGAGAGAGCUGGACCUGAGCUACAACCAUCCAGGAGACUCAGGAGUGGAUCUGCUGUCUGCUGGACUGGAGGAUCCCCUCUGGAGACUGGAUACACUGAGGGUGGACCAUGGUGGAGAGCAGUGGUUAAAACCUGGACUGAAGAAGUAUGUCUGUGAACUCACUCUGGACUCAAACACAGUACACAGAAAGCUCAGACUGUCUGAAGACAACAGGGAGGUGACACUUUUGGGAGAGGAUCGGUCCUAUCCUGAUCAUCCAGACAGAUUUGAGGCCUGGUUUCAGCUGCUGUGUAGAGAUGGUCUGACUGGUCGCUGUUACUGGGAGGUCGACUGUAGAGGAGAGGUUUUUAUAUCAGUGAGUUACAGAGGAAUCAGAAGGAAAGGAUACAGUACUGACUGUGUGUUUGGACUUAAUGAUCAGUCCUGGAGUCUGAUCUGCUCUGAUAGAGGUUACUCUGUCCGUCACAAUAACAUAGAAACAGUCCUCCCUCUCUCCUCAUCCUCUGACUCUCACAGAGUAGCAGUGUAUAUGGACUGUCCUGCUGGCACUCUGUCCUUCUACAGAGUCUCCUCUGACUCUCUGAUCCACCUCCACACCUUCAGCACCUCCUUCACUGAACCUCUGUAUCCUGGGUUUAAGUUGUGGCCUGGUUCCUCAGUUUGUGUGUGUUCUGUGUAGCAGGGAGAGCCUCCUCCUCUCUCUACACACACACACACACACACACACACAUGCACACACACACACACACACCCUUCAGCUGAUGAUGUGACUGUGUGUGUCUCAGCAGUAUGAAUGUCUGUUAAUAAAGAGCACGACUCAAUGGAAA